CGCUCUGCGUGCAGCCACUGACUGCUGCUGUCUCGCGGCGUUUGGAGAUCUUGCACGCGCGCUGUAUGGAUGCUGAAGCUUUGGCGCUUCUGUAAACGCGACACGGAAUCAACAUGUCCAACCCUCCGCACGACCCAUUCUACUCGUCCCCUUUCGGACCGUUCUAUCGGAGACAUUCACCGUACAUGGUGCAGCCUGAUUACAGAAUUUAUGAGAUGAACAAACGACUCCAGUCCCGGACAGAGGAGAGUGAUAGUCUUUGGUGGGAUGCGUUUGCUACAGAAUUCUUUGAGGAGGAUGCUACAUUGACCAUAGCCUUCUGCCUGGAGGAUGGACCAAAAAGAUACACAAUUGGCAGGACGCUCAUCCCUCGUUACUUCAGUACGGUAUUUGAGGGUGGCGUGUCAGACCUCUACUACAUCCUGAAACACUCCAAAGAGUCCUUCCACAACUCCUGCAUCACUGUAGACUGCGAUCAGUGCACCAUGGUCACACAACAUGGCAAGCCCAUGUUUACUAAGGUGUGUACAGAAGGCCGGUUGAUUCUGGAGUUCGCCUUCGAUGAUCUGAUGAGAAUCAAGACAUGGUACUUCAACAUCAGACAGUAUCGGGAACUUAUCCCACGGAGCAUUCUCGCCAUGCAUGCACAAGACCCUCAAGUCCUGGAGCAGCUCUCAAAAAACAUCACCCGCAUGGGACUGACCAACUUCACCCUUAACUACCUCAGGUUGUGUGUCAUUCUGGAGCCGAUGCAAGAGCUAAUGUCCCGACACAAGACCUACAACCUCAGCCCGAGAGACUGUCUAAAGACUUGUCUGUUCCAGAAGUGGCAAAGAAUGGUGGCCCCUCCAGCUGGACAUCCACAGAACUUCAAAACGGAAAUGUUCCCCUCAAAUCACAAAAAAGAGCCCACUCGACAGACCACGACCAAGAGAAGAAAGAGGAAGAACUCCACCAACAAUGCGUCUAACAGUAGCCUUGGCAACAGCGCUGGUGGCAAGAAACGAAGCCCUGCCAACAACUUCAAUCUGACCAGCCAGGUACCUGAUGUGAUGGUGGUAGGUGAACCCACUCUGAUGGGCGGGGAGUUUGGCGAUGAGGAUGAGCGUCUGAUCACGCGACUAGAAAAUACACAAUAUGAUGCCAACAAUGGCCUGGACGAUGAUGAUGACUUCACAAGCUCGCCGGCACUCGGCAACAAUGGUCCCUGGAACAGCAAGCCACCCACAGGACAAGACAGCAAGCCAGAGAGUACGGCCUCACAGCCCUCUCAGUAGGAGGGCUACCCGUUAAACCACCAGGGCGGCGCUCUUUCUCUCUGACCUCACUUUUUACCCUUGAUGAUGUAAAUCCCAUGUGAUGGUGUCAAUGAUGUCAUUCAU